AUGCAUGUGGCUCUUGCCUUCACAAUAUGGCUCAGUGUACACCAGGGUACAGCAACUGUUGUUGAGGACUUCAACCAUGUUGAGAGAUGCAAAGAUUCACUGUAUAUGGGCACCCCACCGCGUGGUGUUAAUGAUGAAAAACUCAAGAAGAUUUGCCAGCGCUACGCUGACAAACCACGAUUUGUGACCCUGUAUGAUCCCAAAAAACGAAUUCCGGUGUACUCUGCGUACACCUUCAAGAAGACAGAGGGCGACCGACGGGUGGACUACCCCUGGAUGUAUGAGCCUCAGCUUGCAGAGCUAGAUGGAAAUGGAAACAUGAUGCCUUUUCCCACCGGCUACCUGCACAUGAAGUUCGAGGACAGCCAGGCGGUUUUGGAAGACUACUCUGAUGUGGUGCUCUACGAGAGAGGCCAUCUGAACCCAGACCAGCACCAGUCUGACCCCCAUGACCGAGCAGCGACCUACACGCUCACCAACGUCGUACCGGAGAUCCGCGAGUUCAACAUCGGACCGUGGCGCCAACACGAAGAGAGCAUCCGCGUGCGCCUCAACAACUUCUGCCGCGGAACAGCCUACAUUGUAACCGGGGUUGUAACCACCGGUAACAUGAUCCGACGCAACAACCAAGACCGAGUCGCGAUCCCUGAAGACGUUUGGUCCGCUUACUGCUGCACUGACUACGACAGAAACUCGCCGCACAACGUGCGUAUCCGCUUCCCGACCCAAGCGGCUCUCGCCAAGAACGCAAAGGAGGGCAACACUGUUCACGAGCUCCCAGUGCAGGAUCUAGAGAAUUUCCUGAAGACCAGAAUGGAUGUAGACCUGAACUUCCAGCUGUUUUAUGAUAACUGCAUCUCACCUUCACCUCUUCCUCUCUACCUUCACCACACCAUAUAA